CUAGUCUCUCUCAAGAAGGAAAACAUUACUUCAGACUUCGUGAUCUGGACAGCGAGGAUUUACAAGAUGUGUGGAAAACUCUGCUUUUCCAUUAUCGUGAUAUGCCUGGCGGAAAGCGCAGUGUUAGGAAAUCCUCUGAGCUGUCACUCCGAUAACAAGAGCUUUUAUCCUUACAUCGGCACUAAAACCCCGUAUUCUUACGUUUAUAAUGAUACCGGAGGAACUAUGACUCUAACGAACUGCGAACCGACGCAGGUAUGGAUGCUGAUCAGACAUGGGACGCGAUAUCCUGGCGAGUCUACAAUCGCACAGAUCUUGAAUCUCACGCACAUUCGAGAUUAUAUAAUAACGAACACCGUAUUCGAGACUUGCGCAUCUCGAUACGAAAAGAUGGAUCUAAAGAAUUGGAAGCCCUACCCCGAGCUGGUCCCGGGAAAAGGAAAGUAUUUGGCAAUACAGGGUGAAAAAGAUUUGGCGUCACUCGCCGAAAGAAUCAGAGCCAAAUUGCCGAUGUUGUUCGACUGGAACGUGACCAAGAGUUUCAAGUUUAGAUCGACGGCUACGCAACGCACCAUCGCAAGCAUGAAAUCCUUCGUAGAAAGAGCUUUUAACAUUAGUUUCAAAAAAAUAUUACCAAUGAUAAACGACACUUCACUGCAUAUGAUCGAAUUGAUGCACAUACAACAAAAUAUCACCGUGCAGCAUAUUCCUCUUUUAAGAGAAGCUUCCAGUAACACAUCAAUCAAGUUUGAAGUAGUGCCGAUCAUCAAUGAUACUUUAUUAAAGCUGUAUAGCAAUUGUACAUCCUGGAAAAGUAGGGGUAUUAACAAGGAAGUGAAAGCGUUUAUUAACGGCCCGGAAAUGACAAAAGUCUUGGCGAAUGUCAGUCAGCGUUUGGGUCUCCUGAACAUCAGUAAAGAGGAUAUAUUUCUAUUUUACGACGCGUGUCGCUUCGAGAGAACUUUGGACCUGGACAAACCAUCGCCUUGGUGCUACGUGUUCACCGACGAUGAGAUGCGAGUUCUCGAGUACGAAGAAGAUCUCUUUUAUUACUACAAUAGCGGUCCAGGAGAGGAAAUCAAUAGCCAGCUAGGAUGUUACCUCAUCCGGGAUAUGAUUGAUCAUUUCACGAAAUUAGAGGUGAAUGGCGACGAGCCGAAGGGUGUGUUCUACUUUACGCACUCGCAGAUGAUGACGUUGUUCUUCACCGCGAUGGGAUUUGCUCAAAAUCCUGUAUCGCUCACAGCCACAAACUUCCGAGACAUGGAUUAUAGAAAUUGGAGGAUCUCUCAGUUAGUGCCGUUUGCCGCGAAUUUUGCGGCGGUCCUCCACAGAUGCAACUCGAGCGAUGCUCCUUUUAAAGUCGCUUUCUAUCUAAACGAGAAUCCCUUGACCAUCGAAGGCUGCAAAAACGGAGUCUGCGAUUGGGUGCAGCUGAAGAAGAAGUUGGGUGCUAUCGCGGCCAAUUGCAGCAUGGAAGUUUGUAAAAAAAAAUUGUAAAUUAACAUAUCUGUCUUUCCAGUAUUUUUUAUGCAAAAUAUUGAACGCUUUAAAGCAAAAUUAGAACACAAUUGAAAAGUUGUG